UCCUUCGUAAUUUUCAUGGGGGGUACCAAGAGAAAAAGAGGUCGAAAGCCCAAAAGCCCUGCCCCCUCGAAUCCCCUGCAAUCCUCUCCUUCCUCGGAUGAUGCCUUCUCCCUCACUAACAUCGAAAUCAUCCCCUCCACCUCCUCCGCCCCUCCUCCAAUCCUAUCUCCUUCCCGCUGCUUUCCAAACGGCGGCGAAUUUGGAGGAAACGAAGGAGGGGAGUUGGGCGGCGGGGCUUUGUCGGCAAUGGAUGCUGUGGUCAAGGUGUUCUGCGUUCACACGGAGCCCAAUUUCUCGUUGCCUUGGCAGAGAAAAAGGCAGUAUAGUUCUAGUAGCAGCGGGUUCUUGAUCGGAGAGAGAAGAGUUUUGACAAAUGCGCAUUCUGUUGAACAUUACACUCAGGUUAAAGUUAAGAAACGUGGGUCUGAUACUAAGUACUUGGCUACUGUUCUUUCUAUUGGAACCGAAUGUGAUAUUGCAAUGCUUACAGUUGAUGAUGAUGAGUUCUGGGAAGGUGUAUCACCAGUGGAAUUUGGAGAAUUGCCUGCUCUUCAAGAUGCUGUAACUGUUGUUGGUUACCCAAUUGGGGGAGAUACAAUUUCUGUAACAAGUGGAGUUGUAUCACGGAUAGAAAUCCUGUCUUAUGUUCAUGGGUCGACUGAGCUCCUAGGCUUGCAGAUAGAUGCUGCUAUAAACUCUGGAAACUCUGGUGGGCCUGCCUUCAAUGAUAAAGGCAGUUGUGUGGGAAUUGCAUUUCAGUCUCUCAAACAUGAAGAUGCAGAAAAUAUAGGGUACGUGAUACCAACGCCAGUUAUCCAGCAUUUUAUCCAAGACUAUGAGAAGAAUGAAGCCUAUACUGGAUUCCCGAUGUUGGGGUUUGAGUGGCAGAAAAUGGAAAAUCCUGAUUUGCGUAAAGCAAUGGGCAUGAAACCUGAUCAGAAAGGUGUUCGAAUCAGAAGAGUUGAUCCCACUGCUCCCGAAUCUGGUGUUUUGAAGUCAUCAGAUAUUGUGCUCAGCUUUGAUGGGGUUGAUAUUGCCAAUGAUGGAACAGUUCCUUUUCGGCAUGGAGAACGCAUAGGUUUUAGUUACCUAGUGUCUCAAAAAUAUACCGGGGAUAGUUCGGCUAUUCAAGUUCUCCGUAAUUCGGAGAUUCUCAAUUUCAAUGUCAAACUUAUAGCACACAGAAGGGUUGUUCCAGCACACAACAAGGGCAUACCUCCUUCGUAUUAUAUUAUUGCAGGAUUUGUGUUUACAACUGUAUCUGUUCCAUAUUUACGUUCUGAGUAUGGGAAAGAUUAUGAAUAUGAAGCUCCAGUGAAGAUUUUGGACAAACUCUUGCAUUCAAUGCCGCAGUCACCUGAUGAGCAGCUUGUUGUAGUGUCUCAGGUUCUUGUAUCUGAUAUCAACAUUGGAUAUGAGGACAUUGUUAACACACAGGUCCUUGCUCUUAAUGGUAAGCCUGUGAAGAAUUUAAGGAUAUUGGCAGAGAUGGUAGAGAACUGCGAUGAGGAAUUUAUGAAAUUUGACUUAGAAUAUGAACAGAUAGUUGUACUUAGAACAAAGAUAGCUAAAGCAGCUACUCUAGAUAUUCUUGCAACGCACUGCAUACCAUCAGCAAUGUCUGUUGAUCUCAAGAGAACUGAUACCACCGAAAUAUGAUACACUCAAAACCUGCAACGCCUGGAUUUAGAAGUCGGAUGCUGAACCAGUGGUUCCAUUGGACCCUUAAGCCAGAGGACAAUAUUUGAGGUUUGUUUUCUGGCUGUACGUAUGACAGUGAGCUAGUUAGUCUGAUGAUAAAGACUGGAGGUUUGAAGUCCAGAGUUUUUUUUGUUGUCGAAUCAAGUAAGGUUCGAAUUUGCCAGAGAUUGCCAUUGGCAGAUUUCAAGUAUUUAAGUUCAAAAGUUGACGCACACAAGGUGAACACCGAAUAUUUAGUUUAGUGAAAGAUCUUAGAUUCUUAGAAGUUCUUUGUCCAAUCUUAAAUUUGAUGUCAAAUUUUGUUAGA